GCUGCACGAAACCGGGACGGAACGAAGACGCGCCGGAGCGAGCCGGCGGGUGCGCGGCGCGGCUUCCGCCCCGCGCGGCCCCGCCCCCGCGACGCGCCGGGUGGUCACGUGACGGCCGCGCGCGUCCCCGGCCGCUGCGGGCUCCGAGGCCGGAGAGAAAAAGACUGCGAGGUGGCCGCGGCUGUGGCCGGAGAGGUGGCAGUCGGAGCGAGGCCCUCUCGGGGGAGCAGGGUGAACGCCGGCCACGCCAGGACCCUCACUGGGGGAGAGGAAGCAUAGCUCGCGGUGUCACCUCCAGCCGCGACGUACUCCGGGUUGGCCUUGCGCUCGGGGCCUGAGAGGGGCGGCGGCGGGGUCAGGGGCCGCAUAAAGAAUGAACCAGCAGUGGAAGAGAAAGUAUUGCAAGCUGGCUGACUGCUAGUGAAGAAGAUGCUUUAUUUUUGUGGCAGGCAUCUGUGGGAUCUGUAAUAGAAAUGAUGGCUGGCUGUGGUGAAAUUGAUCAUUCAAUAAACAUGCUUCCUACAAACAGGAAAGCGAACGAGUCCUGUUCUAAUACUACACCUUCUUUAACCGUCCCUGAAUGUGCCAUUUGUCUGCAAACAUGUGUUCAUCCAGUCAGUCUGCCCUGUAAGCACGUUUUCUGCUAUCUGUGUGUAAAAGGAGCUUCAUGGCUUGGAAAGCGAUGUGCUCUUUGUCGACAAGAAAUUCCCGAGGAUUUCCUUGACAAGCCAACCUUGUUGUCACCAGAAGAACUCAAGGCAGCAAGUAGAGGAAAUGGUGAAUAUGCAUGGUAUUAUGAAGGAAGAAAUGGGUGGUGGCAGUACGAUGAGCGCACUAGUAGAGAGCUGGAAGAUGCUUUUUCCAAAGGUAAAAAGAACACUGAAAUGUUAAUUGCUGGGUUUCUGUAUGUCGCUGAUCUUGAAAAUAUGGUUCAAUAUAGGAGAAAUGAACAUGGACGUCGCAGGAAGAUUAAGCGAGAUAUAAUAGAUAUACCAAAGAAGGGAGUGGCCGGACUUAGGCUAGACUGUGACGCUAAUACUGUAAACCUAGCAAGAGAGAGCUCUGCCGAUGGAGCGGACAGUGUAUCAGUACAGAGUGGAGCUUCUGUUCAGCCCCUAGUGUCUUCUGUAAGGCCCCUAACGUCAGUAGAUGGUCAGUUAACAAGCCCUGCAACACCAUCCCCUGAUGCAAGCACUUCACUGGAAGACUCUUUUGCUCAUUUACAACUCAGUGGAGACAACAUAGCUGAAAGGAGUCAUAGGGGAGAAGGAGAAGAAGAUCAUGAAUCACCGUCUUCAGGCAGGGUACCAGCACCAGACAACUCCAUUGAAGAAACUGAAUCAGAUGCCAGUAGUGAUAGUGAGGAUGUAUCUGCGGUUGUUGCACAGCACUCCUUGACCCAACAGAGACUUUUGGUUUCUAAUGCAAACCAGACAGUACCUGAUCGAUCAGAUCGAUCGGGAACUGAUCGAUCAGUAGCAGGGGGUGGAACAGUGAGUGUCAGUGUCAGAUCUAGAAGGCCUGAUGGACAGUGCACAGUAACUGAAGUUUAAAUAAUGUCUUCAGCUCCAUGCUCAAGGUUGAAAGGGUUACCUGUAAAUUUCUGCCCACAUAACAUUAUACUCAUCCCUAGUAGUGCAUUUUGGGAGUUGGGGUGGGAAGGGGUAUGGGAAGGAUAGACCCGUAAUUAAAAUGUCUAACACGUCUCUGUUGAGAAAUUUAUUUAAUGUAAGGAACUUGGGUGUUAAUAGUUGAGAGCCAUUUAGUAAUAACCCAGUUUUCUUGAGGUCUGUUUACUUUAUAGUUUUUAAAAAACUUCUUUAGUUCUUUUGGCCAGUGUGUUUGUAUUAUCUGUGCAUUAAUGGUCCUCAUCUGACUCUUGCAUUGUGUCUUAUUUUUCUGCAUGGAUUGGCAUUAAGACCAUUACUAAAAUUUGGCACCUGUGAGAUGUUUGAUAUCAUAAGCAGGAAGCGUAAUUUAAUGUAAGAAUAGAUGUGAAUUUGGGAUUUUAAAAUAGAUGAAUAACAACUAUUUUAUAGUAAAGUUAUUGAAAUGGAGAUGAAAACAGCCAGUAACUUAAAUGUUUCAGAAUCUUUGUAACACACUUCAUGGCGUUCCCAUAGGCUUUGCUGUCGUGUCUUAUAAUUUGAGGUUUUUUUUGGUCUGCAGUUUUCUUUUUGAUUACAAAAUUUAUAAUUUAAUAAAUACUAGAGUUUAUCAAAAACAAGUCUCUUGUUUGAGUGUGGAAAGGUGUGGAAAUAUUUUGACAUUUGUGACCAAAGGUCACUUUACAAAGUGGUAGUCUGAAUUAGUUGUUUUCAGCUUAAUCACCUGCUCAGAAGUUUGAUUUUUUUUCUUAGAGAUUAAAUAGAAUCUAUAAGCAGUGUGUGUAUAAUAAAUAUGUAUGGAAAUAAACCUAAAGCCUGUGAGACUUAAAUUCCUCAAAUAGCUGAUACCAUUAAUAUUUUUUCUUUUCCUUACCAUAUUCAUUAGUGGUCUAACAGUCUGGAUUAAACGGCAGACUUACAGUGUUAGAAGACAUGAAUUCACUUUACACAAAAUGUUGUAGACCACAAAAUCCACUUUUAUUUGGUAGUUACAACAUCCAUGGCCAAGUAUUGGGUUGACACAGUAAUCUAGAAUUUACCUCUGAAAAUAAGUAACAUGAGUCUGUCUUACCAUAUUUUCCUAACUCAACAGUAGGAUCUUGAUGAUAAA